GCGGAGCCCCGCGGGGGUGGGGAGGAGGGCAAGAUGGCGGCCGGUGAGUGAUUCUCCCUGAGUCCCUUCAGGGCUGAGGAGACGCCGGGGCGGGGGUCCCGCUCGUCCUGCCCGCUGGCCUCCUCUCCCCCGCCCCCGGAGGCCUCUUCCUUUCCUUCCUCCACCUUGGGGGCGGGCCAGCAUCCCGGGACACCACCAUGUCAGACUCUGAGGAGGAGAGCCAGGACCGGCAACUGAAAAUCGUCGUGCUGGGGGACGGCACCUCCGGGAAGACCUCCUUAGCUACGUGUUUUGCUCAAGAGACUUUUGGAAAACAGUACAAGCAGACUGUAGGACUGGAUUUCUUUUUGAGAAGGAUUACCUUACCAGGAAAUUUGAAUGUUACCCUUCAAGUUUGGGAUAUAGGAGGGCAAACAAUAGGUGGCAAGAUGUUGGAUAAAUACAUCUAUGGAGCACAGGGAAUCCUCUUGGUAUAUGAUAUUACAAAUUACCAGAGCUUUGAAAAUUUAGAAGAUUGGUAUUCUGUGGUGAAGACAGUGAGUGAAGAGUCAGAAACUCAGCCCCUGGUUGCUUUGGUGGGCAAUAAAAUUGACUUGGAGCAUAUGCGAACAGUAAAACCUGAUAAACACUUACGAUUUUGCCAGGAAAAUGGUUUUAGUAGCCACUUUGUUUCAGCCAAGACAGGAGACUCAGUCUUCCUGUGUUUUCAGAAAGUUGCUGCAGAAAUCUUGGGAAUCAAAUUAAACAAAGCAGAAAUAGAACAGUCACAGGUAGAAGCAUCUGGGACUGCUGGAGUCCAGCUCCUUGUCUUCAGGGUGAGCAAACAAGCAGCUUCCAACAGAUGUCUGAUAACACCAACUCAACUCAUCAGGACACACAGGCCUGGCAUCUUGUCCAACAUCUGGAUGAUACCCAUUUUCUCAAAAUGAUGUUGAACUUCAGUGAAAUCAUGCCUACUGCUCUGAGGAACAUCGUCUACCUUGCCCUUUACAGUUCAAUCCAGGGCAGAGUGGAGCUGGGGCUAGGAAACUGGUCAUGCAACUCUGUCAUGGCUUUGGUUCUGUUUUCUACAUUUAUGUGAAGUUGGUUCUAUAUUUUCUUUUCUCACACAAGAGGGUCAGUAACUUAGGCUUAAAACUGAUUGAGUUCUAGCACUUUCUUGCUUUAUAUUUGGGGCAGAUGCAAUGACAUUUUUCUUGUAGUAUAUUGGAUUGUGCUGAGAUAUCUAACAUGAUUGACAGCUGAUGCCUUCUAGCAGAAGGGGUAUGUGUAUGUUUAUUUGUGUGCUGUUGUGUGUGGGCAUGUGUGAAGAUGUGCACACACAACACCUCCAUGUUUCCCUAUUGGACUCAGAUGGCUGGAGCAACUCACCCACAAUCUUAGGUAUUAAAGAUACUUGUGCUCCUUUUGGAGCAAGACAUCAUGGGUAGACUUUUUUGAUCCUAUAGGAGGACAGGUGGCAUUGAGCUGGAGCUUCGGUGCCAAGGGGAAGCUCAGUUUUGCUACUGCUGUGGCACCAGACUAAAAUGGGGUAAGAGAAGCUUAUGGAAAAUUUAAGGGGGCAUUCACACUUCUAGGUGAUAACCCUGUACUUACACAAUUCUGAGAGUGAAUGCCUCCUUAAAUUUCCUACACAGGUGUCUCACUUCCUGACUGCAGUCUGGCUGUAGAUAACCCUGGACAUGUCACUUACUUCUCUGAGUUUUUGUUCUCAUCUGUAAGAACUGGGUAGGGUACUAAAAACCAACUCAUGGGCCUGACAUGGAGCUUAAAUAACUGGGUGUUUAUAAAAAUUUUGACAGUGUUUGGGGCCAUGAACCAUUAUUAGUUUUAAUUAAUCUAUUGGUGUGCAUCUUGGCUAAUCUUGAUACUUGAGAGGGAAAAAAAAGGGAAUUGAGGAAUACUUAAAAGUGACUUCAUUUCAGAGAUUUUAUUUUCCUUUAGAGUUAUUUACUCUUUAGGAAACAAUUUAUUUUAAAUCUAGUACAAAUCACAAGUUCUCAUAGCUAAGAUGCUGCACCAGGCAAAGCCAGGAAUGAAUCUGAAGGUGGAGAUGUGGGAGUAUCGAGUUACAGGGAGGGCAGGGCCAGGUUCUCAUGAGAGUGAGUACUUCAUUUUCAAACCAGGAGACCAAAUGUCUCACUCAGAGAGCAAGCAGCAGGAUUCGGGUUGAAUGUGUCAAGUGUCUGCUCAGCAGGCAGUUCAGGGUGGCUCCCCAGCCAGCUCUGCCCCCGCCUGUCACUGUGGUCACCCACUUAGCACAACUCACAAUAGCUUACACAGCUUGCUUGGUCAGCCAAGUAUUUUCCCCACAUUUGAAGAUUUUGGAUGGGAGGCUGACCAUGGUGCUCAGCGCCUGGAUGAAGAGGAAAUCUGUUAGAACACUGGUGUGUAAGGUGAGAGGCUCUCAGGGCCUGCUAUCCCAAUUGCUAUUCUUGCCAUGUUAUUCUGAUGAAAACAAAACAAAAUAAAACAAAAAAAAACCCAAAAAAACCCUUAUACCCUUUUAAACCCUCAAACUUUUGCCAUUAACUAUUUACUACAGAGCCCUCUUGACACCCUCCCCCACCACAUACCUCUUUUGUUUCCUACUUGGUGACAGUGAUUGAGUUAUUUCCUUGACCUCUAGUUUAAUUGGAAUGUCCUUUGGUUGUUAACAAAGGAGUUUCCCAUCUCAGUUUCUCAAUGUAUAAAAUAAGGAUGUAUAAUUCUCAGUGUAUAAAAAUGUAGGAUGAGCUGCUUCUGAGACUACUGUGAAUAUGUGUGUAUGCAUGUGUAUGUGUGUAUGAGUGUGUGCUGUGUACAUGUGUCUAUGGGCACAUGUAUAAGGGCUAUCUCAGGCUUGGAGAUUAUGGUCGAUGUUAACACUUUAUUCACCACUUUGAAUUCCACUCUAGGCUAGUCAUCAUUCAAAGAGAACCAGGACAAUUUCCUAUUCUCAUAAUCUGUUUCCAUGAUAGGCAUUGGCAAUCAGUCACCACCUUUUUGUCAGUUCUAAGUCUUACUCCCUAGAGCCCUAGAGAGCAUGUACUAAUAUAAUCUUUUGACUAUUCUGAGCCAGUGGGCAUCAAGUGGAGGGCACAGACUUCCUUGAUGGAGACAUUGAGAAGGUAGUUUGCUACUUGAGUCCCAGCUGAGUGAUUUGUGUAGAAUGCAAAGAAUGCACAACAAUGAAUCAAGUAUGGUACAUAGAAGGAGACUUCUAUGGCUAUCUGGAGAAGGUCCCUCUGACAUAGACAAUGCCACUUGGGAGGCUACCUUAAUGUGAAUCUAUCAGUGGGUUGAAGGAGUAGGAAAGGUGACCUUCAGAUAGGGGGAGCUGUAGAUGAGUGAGUGGAGGGGUCACUGGUAUUUAUUUACUACUCAUGUAACAGUUACUUAAUUUAUAAAUAUGAAUUCUAAUUACCUUGAAUA